UUAUUGGCUUCUGGUGACGAGCCACUGCCUUUUACAUUUCGAACCCAUGAUGGUCUACAAAUACAACAAUCUAUAUCUCAUUCAUUAUUUAAUUUGGAAUUAAUAUAUUAUCCUGAAGCAAUAUUUCAAAUUCGGCCCGUUACACGUUGUACGUCAUCAAUACCCGGUCAUGGCGAACCUGUUGUCAGUAUUCAAUUCAGUCCUGAUUCUCGGAAUUUGGCCAGUGGUUCUGGUGAUAAAACCGUUCGUCUCUGGGAUCUUACCACUGAAUUACCACUUCACACUUGUGUAGGUCACUCAAGCUGGGUAUUAUGUUUGGGGUGGGCUCCAGAUGGAAAGAAACUAGCAUCUUCUUGUAAAUCUGGGGAAAUUAUUAUUUGGAAUCCUUUAACAGGCAAACAAAUCGGGCAUAAGUUGACGGGACAUAAACAAUGGAUUAACCAACUUGUUUGGGAACCAUAUCAUAUAAAUCCCAAUUCCAGGCAUUUGGCAAGUGCUGGCAAAGAUUCUGUUAUAAGAAUAUGGGAUACAUUUAGAUGUACUUUAUUACGCUGUCUCACUGGUCAUACUCAGUCGGUAACUUGUUUGGCUUGGGGUGGCCUUGGUCUCAUUUAUUCAGGUUCUCAGGAUCGAACCAUAAAAGUAUGGCGAUUUAAAGACGGAGUUUUGUGUCGUACAUUAUCUGGUCACGCGCAUUGGGUUAAUACGUUAGCACUUAAUGUGGAAUAUGUUUUGAGAACAAGCUGUUUCGAUCCAAAAAGUGAUUCUCGUUGUUGUCCGACAGAAAAAGAGAAUCAGAAAUUAGCUUACGAUCGUUAUGAAAAGGUAAAAAAUCUCAGUGGUGGAGAAAUACUCGCUUCUGGUUCCGAUGAUUUCACUCUGUACCUAUGGCAUCCAGCCAAUGAAAAAAAGCCAAUCGCUCGAAUGACUGGUCAUAUGCAAGCAAUUAACCAGGUGAUGUUUUCUCCAGAUGCUCGUUUCAUUGCUUCUGCUUCGUUUGAUAAAUCUAUAAAAUUAUGGUGUGGUAGGACUGGUAAAUUUAUCGACUCAUUACGUGGUCAUGUUCAAGCAGUUUACCGUAUUGCAUGGUCAUCGGAUAGCCGAUUGCUUGUUUCUGGAUCUGCAGAUUCAACGCUCAAGGUUUGUCGCUUCCAUCUUUAUAGUCCUUUGUGUGAAGAUCUACCUGGCCAUAGUGAUCAGGUGUAUGCUGUGGACUGGAGUCCAAAUGGUGAAAGAGUUGCAAGCGGUGGCAAAGACAAAGUCGUAAAAAUGUGGAGGAAUUGA